AUGCCUUCAUCAAUAUCUGUCAAGUUAGUGGCUGCAGAGUCAUUAUACAAGAGGGACGUAUUCCGCUCUCCGGAUCCUUUUGCUGUCUUGACCAUUGAUGGUUACCAAACUAAAUCCACCUCUGCAGCGAAGAAAACGCUAAACCCGUACUGGAACGAGACUUUUAAAUUCGACGACAUUAAUGAAAACUCUAUUUUGACCAUUCAAGUAUUUGACCAAAAGAAAUUCAAAAAGAAGGAUCAAGGUUUUCUCGGUGUCGUUAACGUUCGUAUAGGCGACGUUUUAGGCCAUUUGGAUGAGGAUACCGCUACAUCGAGUGGUAGAUCUCGUGAAGAAACUAUAACUCGUGAUUUAAAAAAGUCUAACGACGGAAUGGCCGUCAGUGGCAGACUGAUUGUUGUUUUGUCGAAGCAGCCUUCAAGUGCGCAUUCCCAAGCUCCUUCUAGCCAUGCUGCAUCUUCUAGUACAGGCACAAGUUCCGCUACUCGAGCCAAUGGUCAUACAUCAUCUUCCACACGUAAUCACUCAUCAUCUCAUCCUCCCAGGGGUACCGCGCAAGCAGUAGAAACAACCCUACAAAGUGGUACUAUUGCCGCAACUAAUACUGCAACUAACAAUCACCGCUCUACAAAUUCUGCAUCUAGUGCUACGAGACAAUACUCUUCUUUUGAAGACCAGUACGGCCGUUUACCACCUGGUUGGGAAAGAAGAACCGAUAAUUUUGGUCGUACGUAUUACGUCGAUCAUAACACAAGAACUACUACUUGGAAGCGUCCAACACUCGAUCAGACAGAAGCCGAGCGUGGUAAUCAAUUGAAUGCAAACACUGAAUUAGAAAGGAGGCAGCAUAGAGGGAGAACUCUACCUGGUGGAUCUUCGGAUAAUUCCUCUGUAACGGUUCAAGUAGGGGGUAGUUCUAAUAUACCCCCCGUUAACGGUGCAGCAGCAGCAGCGUUUGCCGCCACAGGUGGCACUACAUCAGGGUUGGGUGAAUUACCUUCAGGUUGGGAACAACGUUUCACUCCAGAAGGAAGAGCUUAUUUUGUAGACCAUAAUACAAGGACAACUACUUGGGUGGAUCCAAGAAGACAGCAAUAUAUACGUACUUACGGGCCUACAAACACUACCAUUCAACAACAACCAGUAUCUCAAUUAGGUCCCUUACCUUCUGGAUGGGAAAUGAGAUUGACCAAUACCGCUCGUGUAUAUUUCGUUGACCAUAAUACAAAAACGACGACUUGGGACGACCCAAGGUUACCAUCAUCAUUGGACCAAAAUGUUCCUCAAUAUAAACGUGAUUUUAGACGUAAAGUUAUUUAUUUCAGGUCCCAGCCCGCUCUUAGAAUACUACCGGGACAAUGUCAUAUCAAAGUACGCAGAAAGAACAUUUUUGAGGAUGCUUAUCAAGAAAUCAUGAGACAAACUCCAGAAGAUCUGAAGAAAAGGUUAAUGAUCAAGUUUGAUGGUGAAGAAGGUUUAGAUUAUGGUGGUGUUUCCAGAGAAUUCUUCUUUUUAUUGUCACAUGAGAUGUUUAAUCCAUUCUAUUGUUUGUUCGAAUAUUCCGCGUAUGAUAACUAUACUAUUCAAAUAAAUCCCAACAGUGGUAUUAACCCUGAGCAUUUGAACUAUUUCAAGUUUAUCGGUAGAGUUGUGGGUCUCGGUGUUUUCCACAGAAGAUUUCUGGAUGCAUUUUUUGUUGGCGCACUUUACAAGAUGAUGCUACGUAAGAAAGUUGUGUUGCAAGAUAUGGAGGGUGUUGACGCUGAGGUGUAUAAUUCCUUAAACUGGAUGCUUGAAAAUAGUAUAGACGGCGUAUUAGAUCUCACCUUUAGUGCCGAUGAUGAAAGGUUUGGUGAAGUCGUAACGGUUGACCUGAAGCCAGAUGGGAGAAAUAUCGAAGUUACUGAUGGCAACAAGAAAGAAUACGUCGAAUUAUAUACUCAAUGGAGAAUUGUUGAUAGAGUUCAAGAACAAUUCAAGGCUUUCAUGGAUGGUUUCAAUGAAUUAAUCCCUGAAGACUUAGUAACAGUGUUUGACGAACGAGAAUUAGAAUUGUUGAUUGGUGGUAUUGCAGAAAUUGAUAUUGAGGACUGGAAAAAACACACUGAUUAUCGUGGCUACCAAGAGUCAGAUGAAGUUAUUCAAUGGUUUUGGAAAUGUGUCAGUGAAUGGGACAACGAACAAAGAGCCCGUUUAUUACAAUUCACGACUGGUACUUCGCGUAUACCUGUUAAUGGUUUCAAAGAUUUACAAGGUUCUGAUGGCCCAAGAAGAUUCACUAUCGAAAAAGCUGGUGAAAUACAACAAUUGCCAAAAUCCCACACAUGUUUUAACAGAGUUGAUUUGCCGCAAUACGUUGAUUAUGACAGCAUGAAACAGAAGUUAACACUAGCCGUGGAAGAAACUAUAGGUUUCGGCCAAGAAUGA